UAGUUUAUUUUAUAGAAAACUAUCUUGAGAUGUCGUAAAGCUACUCUUCCUGGGUGACAGGCAGCAGGAGUAAAGCGUCUUCUCUUCUGUGGUGUUGGUUGUCAAGUGCAAGAAUAAUUUCUUAACUGCAGCACUGCGAUCUGUAGAAAAAUAUCUUGGUCUGGAAAAGCUCUAUGUGCUCGGCACCAACUGUGUGGAUAAUGGAACUCGUGAAGGGCUAGACAAAUUCUUGAAGGCUGCAAGCAAGGAGCCGGAAACUGUUUUGCAUUAUGAAUUCAUGCAAGAUUACAAGGUUCAUUUAAAGCAUUUGGAUGGCCAUAUUGAAGAGGUUCCUUAUUUUUGCCUGCCAGCAAAUGAAUUAGUUGAUGUCAUCGCACCAUCCUGUUACAGCUGCUUUGACUACACAAACGGAUUGGCGGACUUGGUGGUUGGAUAUAUGGGAGUGCCAAAAUACUCUGGAUUAAGAAUGACAGAGCAUCCACAAUAUAUUACUGUCAGAAAUGAACGUGGAAGGGAGAUGCUUAAUCUCGUGCAAAAUCUAUUGGAGGUCACCCCUACAACCAGCAGCGGUAUCAGGCAGCCAUUUGUUAUGGAGACAGUUAAAGCUGAUGACCAAGCUAAGUUGGGAAAAGGCCCCUCUCAGCCUGCUCCAACAUUCAUCGGUAAUCUAAUAGCAUAUAUCUUAAAUCUGAUUGGCCCUAAAGGUUUGGAGUUUGCACGUUAUUCCCUAGAUUACCAUACUAUAAGGAACUACUUGUAUGUAAAUCGUCAGUGGGGAAAACAAAGAGCUGAUAGACAUCUUCCCUCUUAUGCAAAGAAAAUUGUGGAAGCUUAUAACGAUAACGACCGUAUCGAUGAAAUGCUGACAGAAAAACUGACAUCUAAGUAGAGGUUUCAAAGGAGAGAUCAGUUAAGCAUCCUUGAAGCUGUAUGUUUCUAGAUUACAUAUUACCUUAAAUUUCAGCACAACUGUUAUUGUAUAUCAAAAUAAUUUCCCCUUUUUUAAUGAGGGUAUUAGGCUGAAGUUCAGCUGUCAAUUAGAUGUACAAAAUGAUGAGGGACAUAAUAGAUUGUAAUAUUGGUGUUGUUUAGAUAAUUGUUUUGUUCAUUGUACUAAUUAUAGAAGUAGAUGUUUCAUUUGCUGCUGAA